AUGCAAACGACCACAUCGGAUUACGAGUAUGAUAACUACAGUGAUGAACCAGCCACACUGGUAGCGCCGUGCAGUUCAGACGGUGACAACUAUGUGGGAGCUCAGCUGUCCAUCCUUUACUACUUCAUGUUUCUCUUCAGCCUCAUUGGCAAUGGACUGGUGCUGGUUAUCAUCUACAGGUUUGAGAAGAUGACCACGGUUACCAACAUCUUGCUGUUGAACCUGGUGAUGUCGUCGCUCAUCUUCGUAAGCAGCCUACCCUUCCUGGGAAUCUACAUGCAGAUGUCCAACUGGAUCUUUGGCCAAGCCGUGUGCAAGAUAGUCGGCACAGUCUACUACCUGGGUUUCUACAGUUCUGUUCUCUUUCUUACUCUUCUGUCAUUUGACCGCCACCUUGUUGUUGUUCACUCCUUGAGUACAUCUCGGAUGAGGAACCAGAGCUACGCGGUGGCCUCCUGCUUUGUGGUGUGGUUGGUCAGCGGACUGGCGUGCGUUAAGCCCAUGAUUCUCCACACGACUUUCAUCAGUUAUGUUGACAACAACACGUACUGUCAAGAAUAUCCAGGUGACUUGGCUUUCAUUGAUGUGUCUCAGCUGAGGAUAUCUGGGUUUUACAUCCAGCUUUUCCUUUUCUUUCUCUUCCCCCUGACGGUUAUUGUUUACUCCUAUGUUAGUAUUGCCCUCACCGUCGUCUCAUCUAAAUUGGUUACCAAGUUCAGAACUGUCAGGCUGAUAUUCAUCAUUGUACUGCUGUUUUUUAUUUGCUGGACCCCGUUUAAUGUCGUACUACUGACGCAUGAUGAAUCCCAAGAUUGUGAGCAAGCCCAGAAAAGGAGCUAUGCGCUUCACGUAACGCGCAACUUUACUUACAUCUACUUUUGUAUCAGUCCCAUCUUUUAUACUUUUGUUGGGAAAAGAUUCCAGACUUAUUUCAGACAGCUGAUAGUGAAACACUUCCCGCAGUUAAAGAAGCACUGCAGAAGCUCCCAAAACAGUAGAACUAAUAUUUCCACAAAAAGUACACCAUACUAG